AUGGUAAAGGAGGCUCGUGAGGUAUACUAUGGCGAGAACGAGUUCUGGGUGAGCCUGCAUUGGCUGUGCGAGUUUCGGUGUGAUCAAUACGAUUUCGGCAUAAUACUACCCGUCGCCCCACUAGUCCGACGUCUUAUCGUCGAGACAGACCUACAUACCGGCUACGACCACGAACAUGAUACCGACGAUAACCCGCUCUACCCUUACGACGGCAUCGGCGAUAGAGAGGAGAAUAUAGAUCCCAACCAUAUUCGGCCCAGCGCAGAUAUCGUAGCAAGACGAACCCGGAAGCGCUUGGAGGAGCUCUUCUUAUUCGUCAACGCAGAGGAGAUCACGCUUGUGCUCCGUGGAAGAGGACCACUUGAUGGUAGCGAUACAGCAACGCGUCAGACCAUCGCAGACAUAUCCGUCACAGUCAACCAGUUGAUAGAGUUCUUUGGCAGUCGCUUCGCUAGCGAGAAAUGGUCUAAUAAUACUAGAUCUCCCUCAACUCAAAGCUGGGUGUCAUAA